AUGACUCAAAUCUUCCUUACAGGUGCCACGGGCUACAUCGGGGGCGAAGUCCUACACGCUUUGCAGCAUGCCCAUCCGGACUAUGAGAUUGCCGCCUUGAUCAGAGAUAAUGAAAAGGCCAGUAAGGUCUUGACUGCAUUUCCUAAGAUACGGGUGGUUCUUGCAGAUCUAGACGAUGUCGAAAUUGUUGAAGAAGAAUCACGCAAAGCCAAUAUCGUCAUCCAUGCUGCUAGUAACAAGCAUCUUGAAAGCGUGAAAGCGAUCGCAAGUGGCCUGGCAGGACGUCAGGAUGCAUACUAUAUUCAAGUUACCGGGGUUAGCAUCCUGUCAGGCCCUGAGGUUGAUAAAAACUCAUAUGGCGAGCCCUCAGAUCAAAUUUUUGAUGAUUUGGAUAACGUCGGUGAUCUCCGGGACAUAAUUCGGGCAUACAAAGAUCGUCGAGUGGUGGAUAACUACAUUCUCGACUUGGAAGCAGAUGGCCCCAAAACUGCGAUCAUUUUCCCUCCUAUCAUAUUUGGCACUGGUAGAGGCCCCGUGAAUCAACGCAGCAUCCAGGUUCCCUCAUUGGCCCGGGCCGCUCUGCUGCAACAUGCUGGUCUAUAUCUUGGCAAAGGAUUAAGUCGAUGGGGCAUUGUUCAUGUCUCUGAUUUGGCUGAUCUCUAUGUCAAAUUGGUGGAGCAUGCUGUCAACGCCACUCCCGGUCCUCUCUGGAAUGAGAAUGGACUUUUCUUUGCAGAAAAUGGUUUCGAGAGCUUCAAAGAUAUUGCUCUAGUUAUUGCCAAAGAGGGGCAUAGCCUCGGUUACAUUGAUUCGCCUGAUUCAGUGCGAUCCAUGGAUCUCGACGAGGCCAACGAAGUAAUACCCCAUGGAAUUGUGUUUUUAGGUACCAAUGGUCAAGGUCGAGCUUUGCGGGCAAGAACGCUGUUAGGAUGGGAACCGCAUGGCGAGAGCUUCCAGAAGGCGGCGCGGGAGACAAUCAUUGCUGAAGCGGCUCAGCUGUGA